GGGAUUGAAUGCCGGGGGACGGCGGUGCGGGCGGACAGGUCGGUCGCCAGGUGACGGUGGACAUGGCGACCCUGGUGCUGGACAACGGCGCGAGCACGGCUAAGAUGGGCUUCAGCGAGGAGGGCGUGAGCAUUUUGCCCAACUGCCAGUUCCGAUCCAGGACUGCUCGCCUCAAAACCUUCACCGCCAACCAGAUCGAUGAGAUCAAGGAUCCCUCUGGCCUGUAUUUCAUCCUUCCCUUCCAGAAGGGAUAUUUGGUUAACUGGGAUGUUCAGCGGCAAGUAUGGGAUCACCUGUUUGGGAAAGAAAAGUAUAAGGUGGAUUUCCCUGAAACCAAUAUAAUCAUCACUGAACCGUAUUUCAAUUUUAACUCCAUCCAAGAAUCAAUGAAUGAAAUCUUAUUUGAAGAAUAUCAAUUUCAAGCAGUCUACAGGACAAAUGCUGGUUCAUUGAGUGCUUUCAAGUACUUUCAAGAAAAUGGUUCAGAACUCAGCUGUCUUGUGGUUGACAGUGGCUACUCUUUUACACACAUUGUUCCUUACUGUAAGGAGAAAAAGAUGAGUGAAGGUAUUUGCAGGAUUAAUGUUGGAGGGAAGCUGCUUACAAACCAUCUUAAGGAACUCAUAUCCUACAGACAAUUACAUGUCAUGGAUGAGACUCAUGUCAUGAAUCAAGUGAAGGAAGAUGUAUGUUAUGUAUCACAAGACUUCUACAAAGACAUGGAAAUAGCACAGCUGAAAGGAGAAGCAAACACUCUAAUGAGAGAUUAUGUCCUUCCAGACUUCAGCACCAUUAAGAAGGGUUUUUGUAAGCCUCAAGAGGAAAUGGUUUUUAGUGGAAAAUACAAGACAAGUGAACAGAUUCUUCGGCUAGCUAAUGAGAGAUUUGCCGUUCCUGAAAUCCUCUUUCAUCCUUCUGACAUUGGCAUUCAGGAGAUGGGAAUACCAGAAGCAAUUGUUCAUUCUGUGCAAAGUUUACCUGAAGAGAUGCACCCACAUUUCUAUAAGAACAUUGUCCUGACUGGUGGUAACUCGCUCUUGCCAGGGUUUAGAGAUCGUGUUUAUGCUGAAGUCCGAUCUCUUACCCCAAGUGAAUAUGAUGUGUCGGUUACGUUACCUGAGAAUCCUAUUACGUAUCCGUGGGAAGGAGGAAAGCUGCUUUCUGAAAAUGAUGAUUUCAUGGACAUGGUGGUUACCAGAGAUGAUUAUGAAGAAAAUGGGCAUUGCAUCUGUGAAGACAAAUUUGACAUCUGAUGCCAAAAACUGUUGAAAUGAGAGAAAUUAUUACUUUAAAGAAAACAAUCAAGAUCCUACAGACGUGGUAAUGUCACUCUUCGAAUGGAAGAAAGUAUUUUAUUUAUCGGUGCAGUUGUUGUGAACUGUUUGAUAAUAAAUCUAAUAACUGCCAUAGUGGUGGUGAGAAACCCUGCAUUAUUGAUGAAGCAGCCCAUUUCCCAUGGCUUUAUUUGAGGCAGUCUGUGUUUGUUAUGAAAAAGCAAAAUUUGUAUGUACUGUAAAUCUGAUAAACGUAUUGAGAAUGCUGGAAUUCAGACAGCAUUCAAGAAGGAAAUUGAAUGAAUUCUGAUGAACAUUUGAUCAGAGCUAGACAAAGUUAGUCUAGCAUAUUUCAGACCUACAUGAGAGUGCCCCUCGCCUUUCUCUGGUAUUUGUUGACUGUAUUGAUGCUGCUGCCUGCUGUCUUCAGUUUUGAUGCCACAUUCCACCCUGCUGAUCUGUCCCUGGCUUUUCCUAUCUCAUUUUAAUUUCUAAUUCCGCGGAUAGUUCAAUAACCAAUAUCCAUUACACAGUCCACAGACCUCCUCAGAUAUCCAGACAACACCCUAUCAGCCAGUCAGAAAUAAUUCCAAAUAUAUUCCCUUCCAGCACCAGGUCCACAGUUCUUCUGGUUACAGCUCUGAAUAAAAGUUAAUGAGUGAAUACAAGCACCCAAGGACAGUUUGGGGAAACUUCCCACAUUUUCGCUCCCAGAGUGCAUGCAUUUUUCACUGCAAUCCCAUUCAAAAAAGUUUUGCACAAUGAAUUAAAUUAAUUGCAUGGUCCAAACGUAGGAGAAAUUACUUCCUCGGAGAUAACGCGGUAAGUACACGGAACUAGGAACGCUGUUGCUAUGGUGCAAGCUGACUCGAAUCGCUUAAUCACGGCUGCAGAUUUGUGUAUAAACAAAAAUGAUUAUAAUGGGGGGCCCCCAUUAAUGUGCCUUAGUAUAAUUACAUUAAUGCAUGACGCUGGCAUGACUAACGUGGCGCUGCAUACUCUGUACUUGCAGGCAAAGAUACCAGAGCAUGACGGUAAUCGUGAAGCCAGUUCCCAAGAUGGGGUAAAAAAAUUACCCAUGACCUACUACGGCUUUUUCGCCGAGUGGACCAUCUUGCUCUUGCUCUUGCUCUAGUAUCUUUGGUUAAAAGGCUUGAUCAAUGAUCCAUGUAUAUGUUGAACAUUGUGUCCUGAUCAACUCUCCUUGUUAGUUUCCCAAUGAACUAGGCUGAAAUGCCUGUUUCUGUUCUUAAUUCUAUGUAGUCAAUGGAUUUGUGCCAGUUCAUUUUAUUUUCUACUUUAACAUACAGGGAACAAUGCCUUUCUUAAAAUAGUAGCAAUUCGGUUCAGAUGUAUAAAACUGUAAGGAGCAUAUUUUCUGACAAUUUUACCUUAGAGUCGUCAUUAGACAGGCAAUUCUGGUCAGACUCACAAUUAGGAAAGUGGAAGUUCAUCUACAAAGGAGUUAAUAGUCUCACUUUAACCUGUAGAUCUUUAUAUAUUUAUAUUAAAAAAUGUACACUUCAAAAAAUGAAUAUAAACCUGAUGGAGCUGGAAUUUUCUUUAAAAGUAGACAGAAGUCUGGGUUCAGUGUUUGUGAAUUUGCUUAACUUUUCUCUCAAGUUGAUUUUGUGUUAACAUCUCUGCAAAUUUGAAUUUAAAAUUCUAUGAUCUAAGCAAUUUGAUUGCUGUAUUAUUGGAACUGCUCUCUUUCAGAUGAGAUGUCUGUUCUCUCAUGCAGGAGUUAAAAAUGUGAAGGCACUAUUUUGAAAGAACAGGAGAGUUGUGUUCUGGGCAUCAUCUGAGAUUCAUGACACAAUAAAAUAUCAGAUUGUCAUUAA